CAUGCCGCUCUGCUCACAGCUCUCCUCAGCUGAAGAAUGGGGCUCAACCUGACACUGACAAAAUUACCAAGCGUGGAGCUGCAGAGCCACCAAAGCCGCCCCCUGACCAACACGAGCGAUGGGCCCCAGGAGAACACCACCCUUCACAGCGAGUUUGACACCAUCGUCUUGCCUGUGUUUUACCUCAUCCUAUUUGUGGCAAGCAUCUUGCUGAACGGCUUGGCAGUGUGGAUUUUCUUCCACAUUCGGAAUAAAACCAGCUUCAUAUUUUACCUCAAAAACAUCGUGGUGGCUGACCUCAUAAUGACACUGACAUUCCCAUUUCGGAUAGUCCACGGUGCAGGAUUUGGCCCUUGGUACUUCGAGUUUAUCCUCUGCAGAUACACCUCCGUUUUAUUCUAUGCAAACAUGUAUACGUCCAUUGUGUUUCUAGGGCUGAUCAGCAUUGACCGGUACCUGAAGGUGGUGAAGCCAUUUGGGGACUCGCGAAUGUAUAGCAUAACCUUUACAAAAGUUUUAUCUGUUUGUGUUUGGGUGAUCAUGGCUGUUCUGUCAUUGCCAAACAUCAUCCUAACAAACGGUCAACCGACUACUGACAACAUUCAUGAGUGCACCAGACUUAAAAGUCCCCUGGGAGUCACAUGGCACAUGGCAGUUGUCUAUGUCAACAGCUGCUUGUUUGUGGCUGUGCUGGUCAUUCUGAUCGGGUGCUACAUAGCCAUAUCCAGGUACAUCCACAAAUCCAGCAAGCAGUUCAUAAGUCAGUCUAGCCGAAAGCGAAAGCAUAACCAAAGCAUUAGGGUGGUUGUGGCCGUGUUUUUCACCUGCUUUCUACCAUAUCACUUGUGCAGAAUUCCUUUUACUUUCAGUCACUUAGACAGGCUUUUAGAUGAAUCUGCACAUAAAAUUCUGUAUUAUUGCAAAGAGAUGACACUUUUCUUGUCUGCAUGCAAUGUCUGCCUAGAUCCAAUCAUUUACUUUUUCAUGUGUAGGUCAUUUUCAAAAAGGUUAUUCAAAAAAUCAAAUAUCAGAACCAGAAGUGAAAGCAUUCGAUCUCUGCAAAGCGUCAGGCGGUCAGAAGUCCGAAUAUACUACGACUACACUGACGUGUGAGCAGGCAAGGCCGAGAGCCUUCUCAUGUUUGUUGGGGUCCGUGUGUAAAAAGUGUAAAUAAAUGUCUAUUUUCAUUAUCC